GUAUCCAUCACGAAUUGAAAAGAUUGAUUAUGAAGAAGGGAAAAUGCUAGUCCAUUUUGAGCGUUGGAGCCAUCGUUACGAUGAGUGGAUUUACUGGGACAGCAACAGGUUGCGGCCCCUUGAGAGACCUGCGCUAAGAAAAGAAGGGCUAAAGGACGAGGAAGAGUUCUUUGAUUUUAAAGCUGGAGAAGAAGUUCUGGCUCGUUGGACAGACUGUCGCUAUUACCCUGCCAAGAUUGAAGCAAUUAACAAAGAAG